UCCGUCACUGAAAGACUUCCGUCGUUGUGUAGCAGCUAACAUCGUCCGUGCAGCUAACGGUUGGGCGUUCAACAGCCUGCGGUUCACUGAAACAUGAAUGAACAUCUAAAAUCCUGUCGAUCAUGAGUGGGACUGUCAGAGGGAUUUUUGAGGGCAUGGAUCGACAGAUUGUGAAGGCUAUAUGUGACAAGGACACGAUGGGUUCUGCCUCGGUAGGAAUGUCAGAUUUGUCCGAUGAGAUCCUGCUGUGCAUCCUCCGCCAUGUUCCAGUGUGUGACCUGCUGAUGAAUGUGGCACAAGUCUGCCACAAGUUACAGAUACUGUGCUAUGACAAGGCCCUGCUUUCACACGUCAGCUUCUCUGAGGAGUACAUGGCUGAUGAUCUAUUAAUGCGAUAUAUAUUGAGACAGCUUUCCAAUCACGUGCAGUCUCUCAGCCUGAAUGGUGUCUACUGGCUCUGUGGCUCUACCGUGGAGAAACUUUCCCGCUGCAGGGCCGUGACGCACCUCGAUAUCACCGGCUGUCGCCUCACUGCCCUUCGGCUCUCCCGUCUCCUCUCCUCCCUCACUCUCCUCAGAUCGCUUGCUAUUGAUGUGACGUCAAGCUUCAACUCUGGACAGCUCAGUUCAGAGGCUGUGGACACGCUGAGCCGCCUGUCAGAGCUCAGGCAGACACUGUUGACGCCCAGUUAUGGUGUGGUGCCGUGCUGCGCCCAACUCCGCAAGCUGAUGCUGCAGUUUGACAUCUCAGACGUGACCAGAGAUGGUGUCGGUGUUUGCUGUCAGUUAAUGAUGGGUCAGAGCAGCGUGCCACAUUACAAACAGCUGGAGGAGUUUAGUGCCAGACUGGCCCCAGGAGAGGUAAACCAGACCUUGCUUCUGCUCUAUCUAGCUGUGUUCAGCGUUCACGUUCCAGAGCGUCUCCGAGUUUUCCUCGUGUCGAUUCCUGGCCCAAACCCGGCCCACUGGCCUGCCGCUCCCUCAUUGGCCCGGAGCUUGGGUCAACGUGGUGACCUGGAGGCCCUGCAGCUUCCUCGGUCCUGGCUGGAUUCUUUGUCACUAAAGCGAGCCCUGGAGGGCAACAGCCCCAAGCACCUCAGCUUCAGCCGCUGCCCACACUUCUGGCCACAGGUGUUUGAGUCGCUGCUGGAGGGAGGAGUCAAAGAUGCUACACAACUGAUCAGCCUUAACCUCAGCGGGAUCAAUCACGUUCUUUACUCAGAGUGUAGGAGUGUGGAUGAUCAGCUGGUUGCUGUGACUAUGAAUCGGUUGGCAGCUACCUGUUGCAACCUUAAACACCUGAAUCUGAUGCACACACAUUAUCACCAUGAAAACACAUCUGAGCUAAGUGGGGAUACACACCUGUGUGCUAGCUUGGCCAAAUUCAGACACCUGCGCUCUCUCACUCUGCCUGCAUGCGCCCUGUCAGAUGGCGUAAACACAAAUCACAUCUCUACAAAGAACUCCUCCUCCUCCUCGUUGUUCCUGGGGUUAAAGAAGCCUCCUCGCGUGGGGCUCCAGAAUUAUAAACCUAAUUCAGAGCCUUCUUUGUCAGGGGACAGCACCUCGGGGCUCGCUCAGCUCUUAGUUGGCUGCCCUCUUUUAGAGACCUUAGAGCUCAUAGGUCCAGGUUUUGUCUCUGCGCUGCCUCGGCUUGAGCCUUGUGCACGUGCAAGCGUAGAGCCUCGUGGUAUGUGCGCGUGGGCUCAAGGAGUUGGCGAUGCACACCUGGCCGUGCUUGAAGCGUUCUCUCGAUUACGUCGUCUGACUCUGGCUGGGCUUCCUGGGGUCCUUAGGGGGACAGGGCUGAUACAGCUGGCCAGGCAGUGCAGAGACCUACAAGUAUUAUCCAUUGCCAACAUGGGAUCCCUAAAAACCAUGAACUACGCCCCUGCGUUGCUGGACACACUUAGACAGUGCACACAGCUAAAGGAAUUCAGGUUAGAGCAGCCCCACCUGAAUGCCAACGCGUCUUUCUUUGAGGCUCUGUCCUGCUGCUCUCGUCUGCAACGUUUCUGCCUUAUCUCGCGCAGCGGCACCUUCGACCCAUCGGCAGUAGAAACUUUCAUGGAGCGUUGCAGCCAUGUCACGAUGUGCCACAUGUUCAUGGGCGGCACCUUGGUGGCUUGUCGGACACUGCAGAAAGCUCUUCAGGAGAAAUUUUCAGUUGAGCGCUCGGCCCUGAAUGUGGUCAUCUAUCCAUUACAGCAUGAAGACCUUCCUUCAGUCAUCAGAGAUAUCCCGCUAACGCUGCUGGAUCGGAUAACUUUGUUCCAGAGCCACGUGGCCCAGCCCCCACAUUUAUCACCGUGGUGACUUCGCCACAAAGCUCCAGUGUGAUUGGUGCUCAACAGUUGAGUGAUGUCGGUCUUCAAAGGGAAAUUUGCUUCUGCUCACCUGGACAGGUCAAAGGUCAGUGUCAGCUACAGAUGAAUGUUCUUUAGUUGGUGGGGAUUUGUAGUCUCUUGUUAAAGUACAUUUCACAUGUGGUGCCUAAA